AUGGUCGCCGUGCCGUGCCACCUCGACUCCGCGCCGACGCUGCUGAUCCUCUCCCGGGCGCCCGAGGCCGCGACGGGGUGCCUCGCCAGUCUUUGUGUCUCUCUGGACGGCAACCCUCGGCAGACGACAUUCUGGCUCCUUGGAGUAGCAGAGACACGGCGUCCGGCACGACGGAGAGGAUUACAGGCCACCAUACAUUUCUGA